AUGUCUACUGUUGUUAACUCUGAUAUUGUGCAUCUGCCUGCUGCUUUACCCUCUGUUUUACCUGCUUCUGUGCUAUCUGCUGAUUCGGUAGUGGCCACUGGCUCUGUUUCUGUCUUUGUUCCAGUAUGCUCUGUUUCUGGCUCUGCUUCUGACUCUGCUUUAGGAAGGUCUAGGCCCGAGCAAGUCACAAUUCCUGAUGCUUAUAUGAUUAAUAUACGUGAUAUUGCAUUAUAUGUUGACUUGCCUGCUCCAUUCCGUGUCUCAAAAUCUGAUGAAUAUGUUCCGGUCACUGUUUCUACAUGUCCUUUACCUGUGUCUGAGUCAGUCACUGUUCCAGCUUCAUCUGGUUCAGUUCCAUUAUCUGCCAGCACUACCGAAUUACUAUCUAAUUUAAUUUCAAAAUUGCCUGUACCUUGCUCUGCUAUGCCUGUGUCUGUGCCUCUUAUACAGGUCCCUCUUGAACAAUCAACUCAAAAAGCCAAAAAGAAAGCUUCUGGAAAAAGGAAACUUGAUGAUACAAGUGAUGUGAUCAUUGUUGGUGAAAAGAGGAAAGGAAAGAAGGCUAUGACUACUCCUUCUCCAAGAAUGACUCGAUCCAAGUCUGCCUUUGGAUCUGUUGAUGCUACUGCCUCUAAGGAGAUUGAUGAAGAUGAUAUUAUGCGCAACUGCAAUAUCAUUCCUUUGUUGAAAGAUCAAGAUCUGCUUCAAACUGUCCAGAAUGUGGGUCCCUGUUCUGAAUGGUUAACUGCUGAGUUCUACUCCAAUCUAUCCAGUGAUUCCACAUCUCAAGAGUCUACUCUGUUUCACAAGGCAUAUGUUCGUGGAAGAUGGUAUGAUUUUAGUCCAGAAAUCAUCAACAAGUUCUACAAUCGGGCUGCUAUAUCUGAAAGGUGCAAUCCAGGCUUAGACACUCUUGCUGCUGCAUUGACACACAACAAGCUCACUGCCUGGCCUAAGGGGAAUUUAUCUACUCAACAGCUGACUACCGUAUACUCUGUUCUUUUUCGGCUAGCCAAUAGCAACUGGCUUCCUACGGUCUCCACGAGUACGGUUUCAUCAAAGAUGGUUCUCUUGCUCUACAAAGUUCGUAGCAUGGUCAAGUUUGAUCUUGGUGAUCUUAUCUACAAUCACAUCAUGGAUUUUGUUCUUAAGAAGAAGGAGUCAAAAAUUCAUCUUCCCUUUCCGAAUUUGAUUUUUGGGUUACUCAAAGCUCAAGGGUUUACUCCUUACAAGAAUGAGCCGUUGUUGGAAAUUCCAAGCCAGUACACUGUUGAUUCACGGCUCUGUUUGAAAAAUCAUCAUGAUGAUCGUCCACAGCUUGGAACAGUCCCUAUUCUAGUACUCAGUCCAGUCCGUGCUGCUGCGCAUUCUGGCUCAUCCUCUAUUCCUCUGUCCAGGGCUACUUCAGUGCUUGACACAGUUGCCAUUCCUAUGCUUCAAGCUCGUGUUCAAGCUUCCCAAUCCACUCUUAUGUACAUUAAGAAUGCUAUUGCAUCUCUUCAGACUGCUGCUGCUAAUCUUGAGAAAUCUCAUCUUGCUGACAUGCGUGAACUCACCCGGUUGGAGCUUCUUCAAGCCUCACGUCAAGCUGCUCAAGACCAAGGUCCUGCUCAAGAAGUGUCGAGUUCGGGUGAUGAUGAAGAUGAGUUUGAUUCUGUUUAG